AUGAAGCUCACAGCCUUCUUCUACGGGAAAUGGCAAACACCCACUUUCUCGACCCAUGAUGAGGCCUUUGCUGUACAGUCUAUUGAGAUCUCACUCGAUAGUACUAGCAAGGCUGUUUCAACACUUGAUCUCAUGCCGCUUACGAGCAUCCCAGUAGGAAUUCUGGGAGCUAUCCACUUAGAUACA